GGGGCGGCUAUCCUUCACAUUUGCAUUCGUGCGUGAGCUGGUUACGAGAGUGAAAAUGUCCCGUAGACGCACAAACGGUACCGAAUGUAAGAGACACGCUCGGUUCAUCAUCACAGUUCUGUCCACCCCUCCCCGCCUCUACUAGGUUAAUUUCUGGCACCGGACCGCCACUAUAAGCACAGUCCCAGUGCGUGUGGAGACUCAGCGGGCUGCUGAUAAUCCUCCCUAGUGGCCAAGUGACCCACUUCCGUACAGAGCACACACACACGCAAAAUGCAAUGGUGGCGACUGUCACGGUGGAAAACGUUAAUAAUUGAACAAUUGUGACUUUUAUUCACAGCUAAACGUGUCUGUGUGUGUGUGAGAGAGAGAGAGAGAGAGAGAGAGAGAGAGAGAGUGUGUGUGUCCUGGGUAUUUAGGGUGGGCAGAUCGAUUCAAAUACCGACAGUACCGAUACCAAUUGUAAUGUCGGUAUUAAAUCGAUACCAACAAGAUGAGAUCGAUAUUUUUCUACGCUGUUCUAUGUUUAUUUUCAAAAAUAUCCGUGUUUUUUGGGUGUGCCGUUCAAAUUGUCAAAUUGUUGAUAUUGUUAUAGUUACAUAGACUAUAUUUUGUUGAUAAACAAAAAGCCACCUCAGGGAAUAAGACCUAGAUGCAGGAGAGCUGUGGGGACAAGUCAACAGUUGUUUUUGCUUUUGUUAUUUUGCACUAUUGACUUUAUUUUGUUCAAACAUUUGAAUGUAAUAAAUAAGUGUAAGGAAUUAUUGUAUUAUAUUGUUUAUGUUAUUUAUAUGGUUAAAGGAAAUGUAUGCAAGGCGCUCCAAAUUACAAUGUUUGAAGCCAAAACCUAUAUGAACGCCACCACUGGCUAGAAUAUCUUACCAAUAUUCAUCAAAAAGAAUAGAUUGUGUAUAUUUUUUACAAUUACAAAUUAACAUGCAUAAAAAUUAAAACAAAUUUUUGUUUGGCCCAAAUAAAAUAACUGCCGUUCAUGGAUGACACCCACGGUCGUUGGUAUUCGCAUACAUGUCCGUGGCACAUACACACACACACACACACACACACACACACACACACACACACAAAAACAGUCUCAGAGAGGUGACCAACUAUUUGCAGUCAUGAUAGACAAAUUGCUAUCAUUACCUCACAAUAAACAUAACUAGUGCAUGUGCUUUACAUUGGCUUGGUCAAAACAGGAUGAGGCGGGAUAUAAUGCUAGCAGUAUCAUCGAAUGUUGGAACCCUGUAUGUAGCAUGGAGGAACCCGCUGCAUGCAGCCGCCUUAAAUUAUUUACAAAUGUUUGUUUUUACAUUUUUUAGUGUGCCUAAAACCUUUGUCGACCGUGUUUUACAACAAAUGAAAGGCAAAAUCACAAAAUAAUUCAAUGAUCUUUUUUCAAUUCAAGUAAAAAAAAAAAAAUCACCAUCGGUAUCGCUGUGUGCAAUACUGGACCUGUAGUUACUUGGUAUCGGGCCGAUACCAACAUUUGCAGUAUCACCCAUCCCACGUCCCAUGCAGGCUAUUUAUGUCCCAAGCUUGAGGGGUGUGUCCUAACUGUGCAUUUGUUUAUAUCUGUGUACAACAGUAGCAUGUGCCUGUUUGGCUUCAUGAGGAUGUUUUGACCUUUUAUGGGGUUUCUGAGUUUUGCAGCUAUAGUUAGAAAUUAGUACAACAAUUCAUCCCCAGGGAAAGACAUGCAAAGUGUGUGUGUGUGUGAGAAAGAAGAAACGCACUGUUAUUAAAAAAUGUAUUGUAGAACAUAUAUGUAUACAAGUAUAUGUAUUGUCUCGGCCUGAACCAAAGCCACAAUGUAAGGUACACAAUAUGCUGAGAUCCAAUACAAGAGCUGUAUCAAUACAUUUUGGGCCUUGCUUUGUUUGCAGUGGGACACAAGAACAGAAAAGUGCUUUCAUCAAACUGUUGCCACUCAGCUGGAAGCAUAGAAAUGUCCACAAAAUCUUUAAAAUAAUGAUUCAGAAGGAACAAAAGGGUAUAACCCACCCCUGUAUGACUGACUAAUUGAUUUAGAGAUGUGUAUCAACACUUGCAUUGUAGUUCAGACACAAGGUGAGAAAAGAAGCCACUUGGCAGCUAUCUCAGAAGACAUUAGAUGUCAGCAUGUUCUAACACGACCCUCUGUGUUGCCAUCAGAUGCUAACACACUUGGCUGAGUGCCUGCAGGAGUUGUACACACAAUCUGUGAAAGUAUGAGCAUGGAACAUGAAGAGGAAGGAACAUAGGCGGGCCUGCAGUUUGUUGAAUAACACGGAUGUUCUUGCCACUCCCCAAAAGUGCAACAAGGUUUCAGAAGGCGGGGCAUUUACAACGCUUUCACUAUCCAAAGUGUCAUUUUCUUUUUGUUAGCUUCCAAGGGAAUUAAAGGUUGUCAAAACAUCGUCAUUGCGACAACUACAUCAACAUGACUGGGGGGAUCAAGUGCAUCAAAUAUCUCAUGUUCAUAUUCAACUUGUUCUUCUGGCUUGCGGGUACUGCUGUCUUUGCCAUUGGGCUGUGGUUAAGAUUAGACUCGAAGACCAAAGGCCUGUUUGAAGGAUCAGACUCUCCAUAUGUGUUUUACACUGGUGUUUACAUCCUAAUUGGAGCUGGAGCCCUGAUCAUGGUAGUGGGAUUUCUUGGAUGUUGUGGUGCCAUCCAGGAAUCUCCCUGUAUGCUGGGACUGUUUUUUUUCUUCCUGCUUAUAAUCUUUGCCAUUGAAGUCGCUGCUGGCAUCUGGGGAUUUUCCAACCAGAGCAAGGUGGUGGGUGACAUUACAAACUUUUACAUUCGGACCUACAACAACUACAAGGACACGAGUGAUGAACGUCUCAGAGAGACUCUGCGUGUGAUUCAAACUGGCCUGAACUGUUGCGGUCCAACUGGCACUGUAGUGGACGCUGCCAAAGACACCUGUCCUCGAGGAGAGCUACUUGAGGAGCUCAUUACCAAGAGCUGUCCUGACGCCAUUGAUGAGGUGUUCGACUCUAAGCUGUACAUCAUAGGAGGAGUGGGCAUCACUAUCGGGGUCGUUAUGGUGUUUGGGAUGAUCUUUAGCAUGCUCCUGUGCUGUGCCAUCAGGAAGUCUCGGGAGGUGGUGUGAUACCCGCUGAGAACGCAUCACAGGGUCCUUGUUAAUGUUGCAUGAUAUCAUUCUUAGAGUCACAGUGUUCCCCGCUGCCGAUAGAAUCACUGCUUGUUCAAGAGGGUCUGUUUGGUUGUCAGGCCCAGCUAUAGAAUGGGUGCCAUCGAUGCUUCAGUGACAAUGUGAGAAAUGCAAGAAAUGUAUCACAUUGAGACCAUUUGAAUGAAACUAGUGCUUGUAUAAUGCCAAUGAUCUAAACAGAUCUUGUUGUUUAUUGAUCACUUUUAUCUUGUGGGCUCACCCUGCUGGCAAGAGCAGCUGUGGACUGCAGCCAAAAAAAAACAAAACAAAAUGCUUUAGCAGCUAAAUACAUAAUUUAAUUGAUUUUUUUAAUGAAUGGAAUGCUAGGUUGUAAAUUAUUUUUGUAACUUAAAAUUUAAUAACGGUAUCCCAAUUCAUUUGUGACAAGUUUUUGUUCACUUCUCUUUUUAAAUGCCUUCACGUUAUAUAACUUUUCAUAAAUGUCUUUCCUGUUUUCUAUAUAUACACACUGUAAAUUUAGAUGUGGUUUUAUGUAUUUUCAGAAGUCAUUUUACAGAGCAUUGGUUUACAGAACAUUUAUACCAUUAACACAGAAAAUCCAAGAGUCAAAUAAAACAAAAUGGAUGGAGUUUUUGAUCUCGUCGGGCUGUCUUCUAAUACUGCACUACACUACAUGAUCUAUGUGAUAUAGAGUGUGUAAAUGUGUGUAAAUCAUGUUUUAUUUAAAGCACAA